GGUCUGCACAUGUCAAUGUCCACGCCCCUUCUGCUUCUGGUGGGGGCGGUGCCUCAGUUUCUGGGCACAGUGCUGAUGCUGCGUAUCUCCUACCACAUCUCCAGGGCAGCCAAGCUGAGGAGGGCCCAGCUGGAGGGGGAGUUGGAGGCAUCCGAAGCAAAACAGACAACGCAUGCGAUGAAUUCCAUGUCAGUGUCCGUGUCACACCUGCCCGGCGGCACACAAUCCAGCCACUACCACCAGAACAGCCACAGCAACAGUGGCUACAACAAUGGCGGCCACCACGUCGACUUCGCCUUCGGAGUCGACUUCUACAUCAAACAACUAGCGAGGAACUACUUCACUCGGUGGACGUGGAUGACGGCAGUGCUCGUGUUCCCCUCCUUCUUCAUCAGCACCCUCUCCUUCUGUCUCUUCCUCAGGGGUGCCAAGACCCCACACUACUUCGGAUACUUCCAGGCAACGUGUGACUCACUCAUAUUUUUCACCCAACCCGUCAACCUCACCAUCUUGUGGGUAUCUCUAGUCAUGAAGCACCUCCCCCCAAGUGAGAACAAACGAGGCAACAAAACCCCGAUGGGCGGGGACACAAUUUCCGCCACCGCUGCUCUCAAUUUCAGCGGGGCUUCGGGUGGUGGACAAUUGUCCCGGGCUACCUCAAUCAAGUACCUCCCGUUGAGCACCUCUAUGCCCGCGACAACUGCGGGUGUUUUUAUAAAUUCGAUACCACACGGCGCCAUGGUGCAGACGCACGGUGGUGUUGCGCACGGGAUCGUCUACCCGACGCCCCCACCCGAGAGUCAGUUUCAGUCGGCGGGCAAGUUUGGGGUGGUGGGGACUUCUAGUCUGCCGCAGCAAGGAGUCUACGUGACGGAAAACGGAAGCUAUUCGAUUGUACCAGCUAGAGCAUCAGUCCAGACCCCAGUCAAUGCUCUCGGGAGCCAUCAUGGAAGCGAGCAUAUAAACAACAACAACAACAACAUAAGCAACAACAACAACAACAUCAGUAACAACAACCUCCUAAACAGCACAAAUAACAUAAACAGCAACUUGAUCCACACAAAUAACAGCACGAGGAACAACAGUCGUACAGAAAUGAGAGAGAUCAUGGGGGGAUACACUGUAGUAGAGGCGGGGGGAGAUCCUGGGGACAGAAAUACGAAUACGAACACAGUCGCAAUUCAAACAGGCGCCAGUUACUUCUCACCCGAGAGCACGGGCGAAAGUGUACAGAGCGACGUGUAACUAUGCCAGAACCAACUGUACUUCCUGUGAAACACCUCCUUUCUACCACUGCAAACUUUUUACAAAUAUAAGUAGACCACUUUAAUAGCCCAAUAGCCCAAUUAGCAAUAGCCCAAGAUCUAUUUAAAAAACUCUGGAAAUCUAAUAUCAUUUUGAUUAAUUUUGGACGUGGACGUGAACUCAGCUGGAGUUUUGUUAGUGAUGUUAAUUAGUUAAGAGCUUAACAUGCGAUGAAGCUUUAUUAUGAAUGCAUAAACUGCGGCUUAAUUUGUAUUUUGUUUUGUAUUGUCUUUUCGGUCAGCUAUUGUAGUUCUUUUUGUAAUUUCGCAGAUAUUUUCGUAGCUAAAUGGAUUCAAAUCAAAAGUAAUUUACAUUUU